AUGGUUAAGGAAAACAAAGCACACAAUUUCGAACUCCUGCAAGAAAAGCUUGAUAGGGAGACAGAUGCACUCGAACAACGAAUGUUAGACGUAAAACCAUGGUAUCUUCAAGGUGAAGUCGCUGCAUCCGGACGAAGUGAAAAUGCUUUGCUCGAAGAACACUUUGAUGUACAGCGUCAUGGUCUUUUCAAACCAGGUGCUCAAGAUGAAGAUGUUAUAAGUGAUUUUAUCAUUAAAGCGAUAAAAGAAAGAAAUUUCGACAAUCCUGUUUUCAAAGUUAAAGAAGUUGAAAAAUUAUCCAAAGAACUACCACUACAAAAUGUUGUUCAAAAAUCACUGGUGGAAGAUUAUGAAACGUUUUUAAAAAGAAAUAAGAUUCUGGAAGAAGACCAAGGAGAUCCCAAGAAAAAUGCGAUUCAGGCUGAAAUCCUAGAACUCUUUGAUAGCCUAGACAAACUUUCCAGUCUUCAUUUUGUCCCACGCAAGUACAUACCUGAAGCCAUUACUGCCAAAAACGAUGCAGCUUCAAAAUUAGAAGAGCUUGGACCUAUGGUUACUUCAACAGCUGAUUUGUUGGCUCCAGAAGAAGUAUGUCCUCCGAGAGGCGAAGUAAUUAUUGGCAAAAACGAACGUACCCUUGCUGAUCGCCGGCGGCACCGACGAAAAUUGAUGA